AUGUUCUCAAGCCAGCACAAGGAGUCCACUUAUCCCGAGGCGGUUGAACAGAUGAUCCACCGCAUGAUCUCGGCCUACACCGACGCCGAGCUGGCUUACGCCCAGGCUGCGGCAAACGCCUCCAGCGAGCAAGUUGGACUGGAGAACUUCUCGCGCUACUUCCAAACUCGGGCUUGUGAGAAGAAUGAACAGCGCAACAACCUGAUAGGCUACCAGGCUCACAGAUCUGCCAACGCCCCGGAGUACAAAUCGGAACAGCAACAUCACGGCCAGCCGGUGAAGACUGCCCACAAUGCGGACGAGAUGAAGGACAUUAUGCGACAAUUGGCAGAAGUGGAGAAACAGUUGGAGGAGAUGUGGCACAAACUCUGUGAGGUGGCCGCUGAGGUCAAGGACGCCAUCUCCAAGCACUUUGCAGAACGCCAACUAAAUUACCAGUACAGCCAGACGGAGAGGGCUACAGGCAUGUACAAUAAGACGCAGCAGAUGAGGGACAUGUACCAGAUGGAUCAUACUAUUAUGAAGGCGGAGAUGGAGAAGGAAGAGAAGCGCCGGCAUCACUGCCAGGGUUGCAGUUACUAUGAGUACUCCAUUGAGGAGUUCGAGGAAUACUAG